AUGGACCCGAAGCUGAUGUUCAAGCUGGUCGUCGAGAAGGCGAACGAACACGAGCGGCAGCUCAUCCGCCUCAAGCAGAAGAAGCCAGAGCCCGCUGAACGAGACCAAGACAAGUCAAAGAAAACCCAGCCAGCCAAGCCGAAGAAAGACUGGAACUACAACCACCUCGCAAAGCAGACUGAGGCUGUUAGCGCUAAAGCGAGAUCUAAUUGGAGGCCCGCGCACUCCGACAAUAACCAGGUCCAACAGCCUGGUUAUUGUGAGGAACUUGGGUCUUUGCGCUUGGAGAGGGGGUUGAUGAAGUGGGUGAGGCACUGGGUCUGA